UUUCUAGGGCUGUGAGAAUGGGACAAGCUGCAGGACCUGGUGAAAUCUGAAACCAAAGAGGAACCUAGGAGAGAAAUCCACUCCAGGUGAAAGAAGACCCAGCACAUCUCCUGAUAUUAGACUAUGGAGACUAUGUGAUGUGGGGAGAGAUUCCCAGAGCAGAAUCUUCCUCGUGCAGCCCCCACUAGACAGAAACCCUAUCUGUCUGUCCAGCACCUAGCACAAUGGGGCCCUGACCAGGUUAAGGCCCCUAGGUGCCAUUGCAGUAUCAGUGUUAAAUACUAAUACUAGAAAUUCCUUUCCUGUGCCGUAAGCCGGAGGGGAAGGAAGAUGCUCAAAGCCCCGCAGAGCCCUGACCUGGACGACAGGCCGUACAAGUGCACCGAGUGCGAGAAGCGCUUCCGGCAGAAGAAAAUCCUCAAAGCCCACCAGAGCAUCCACACCGGAGAGAAACCGCACACGUGCGCCGAGUGCGGGAAGAGCUUCCGGCAGAAGAACAACCUCCGGAAGCACCAGUGGACCCACACCGGCCAGACUCCCCAUCAGUGCGCCGAGUGCGGGAAGCGCUUCAGCGAGAAGCAGCGCCUGCGGAAGCACCAGAAGACGCACACGGGGGAGGCGCCGUUCGCCUGCCCCGAGUGCGGCACGCGCUUCAGCCACAAGCACAACCUGAAAACCCACCAGCGGGUGCACACCGGCGAGACGCCCUACAAGUGUCCCGAGUGCCAGAGGGGCUUCAAGCAGCAGAACCACCUCGUCAGCCACCUGCGCACCCACCGGGAGGGGAAGCUCUACAAGUGCACCCAGUGCGACAGGCUCUUCAGGAAGAAGCCCAACCUGCUGAAGCACCAAGAGAGCCACGUGGGGGACAGGCCCUAUCGCUGCAAGGACUGCGGGAAGACCUUCAGGCAGAACAACCACCUGGUGAGUCACCAGCGGACCCAUGCCGCAGGCAGCCUCUACAUAUGCACCGAGUGCGGGAAGAGCUACAGCCAGUGGGCGCACCUCACCACCCACGGGCGGGCCCACGCCGGGGCGGGCCCGCUGACCUGCAGCGAGUGCCGGUGAGGGCUUCGCACCGACCGCCUCAGAACGCAUGGAUGAGAGACCAGCAACAGAACUGAGCGUGGUGCAGCUUCGUGGAGCAGAUGACUAAGGAAAGACCAGGAAAAUCAAGACUUUACCCAUUUAGAUGAUAUGCUUUUGUUCUGAGUUUGUACAGUGCCUACCACAGUGAGCCCUGGUCCAUAGCGAGGGUCGUAGGCACUCUGGUAACACAAAUAAUAAAUCAUAAUAUACCCAGAGGUGAACAGGAAAGCUUCAUUGUGAAGCCACUAGGAUGGUAAGCGGCAGAGAAUCAUCCACGCAGGAGAGGGAUUCUCUAGGUGUGAUAAUUACUAGACAGUUUCAGCAAUAAAUCUAAUCUUAGUAGGACAGAUGACUCUCCGGAGGAGAGGCGCUGUGUGCAUUAUGUGGAAAUCUGAGUAGCAAGAAGUGUGAUGUUAGAAUAGACACAUGGAGCUGGAUAGAGUGUCACUAAUGAGUCCUCUCUGCCCCUGCAGAAUUCCUAGCAGAGAGAAUGGGUAUCAUUUUGUUAAAGUAUUUCAUGAAACACGAUGGCUACCUGCUGCAUUGUAUGUAGUUACAUGAUGGUCAUUUUGUUAUUCUCCAGAAUAACCAUCAGGUUUACACACAGUUGUUGAUCAGGUUUCCAAUUAACAGCCUCUGUUUUCCUUUCUUGUUUAUUCAGGAGUUUCCUGGUUUGCCCCAGAAUGUUUCCAUUUGCAUGACUUUCCAGCCCAUCCUUUUAAAAACACCGUCUGUUCCCCAUGGAAAGUUCUGCCUUAUGUUUUUUCCCCAAAGAUACUGAAUUCAAUUCCUUCUGGUGUUGUGUUUUAUGGAAAAGCAAGGGGAAUAACAUAACAUAAGAAUGGCUCUACUGGGUCAGACCAAAGGUCCAUCUACCCCAGUAUCCUGUCUUCCAACAGUGGCCAGUGCCAGGUGCCCCAGAGGGAAUGAACAGAACAGGGAAUCAUCAAGUGAUCCAUCCCCUGUUGCUCAUUCCCAGCUUCUGGCAAACAGAGGCUAGGGACACCAUCCCUGCCCAUCCUGGCUAAUAGCCAUUGAUGGACCUGUCCUGCCGGAAUUUAUCUAGUUCUUUUUUGAACCCUGUUAUGGUCUUGGCCUUCACAACAUCCUCUGGCAAGGAGUUCCACAGGCUGACUAUGUGUUGUGUGAAGAAAUACUUCCUUCUAUUUGUUUUAAACCUGCUGCCUAUUAAUUUCAUUUGAUGACCUCUAGUUCUUGUUCUAGUUCUUCUAGUUAUGAGAAGUUGUAAACAACACUUCCUUAUCCACUUUCUCUACACCAGUCAUGAUUGUAUAGACCUUAAUCAUAUCUCCCCUUAGCCGUCUCUUUUCCAAGCUGAAAAGUCCCAGUCUUAUUAAUCUCUCCUCAUACGGAAUCCGUUCCAUACCCCUAAUCAUUUUUGUUGCCCUUUUCUGAACUUUUUCCAAUUCCAAUAUAUCUUUUUUGAGAUGGGGCGACCACAUCUGCACACAGUAUUCAAGAUGUGGGCGAACCAUGGAUUUAUAUAGAAGCAAUACGAUAUUUUCUGUCCUAUUAUCUAUCCCUUUCUUAAUGAUUCCCAGCAUUCUGUUCCCUUUUUUGACUGUCACUGCACAUUGAGUGGAUGUUUUCAGAGAACUAUCCACAAUGACUCCAAGAUCUCUUUCUUGAGUGAUAACAGCUAAUUUAGACCCCAUCAUUUUAUAUGUAGAGUUGGGAUUAUGCUUUCCCAACUAUACAUGAGCGAAAAUUGCUAAAAUGAGAUUCUGCAGAGAGCAACAUAUUAUGUGCCUAGUUCACCCCACUGGAACAUGGAUCAGUGCUCCGCAGGCCAAGUGCUUGGUCGAGUUCCAUUCAGGGAAUUCUUGUCAUCCAGGAGUGAGGCGAGUGAGAGGGUUUAUGGGCUUCUGUGUCCAUGAUGGGCACAGCUGUGACAUGACGUGGCGUCUCCUGUCAUUCUAGGCCCUGAUCCUGGGAACAUGCUCAUGUUUAACCCUUAGCACGUGAGCCACCCCUUUGCAGUCAGUGGGACGAUUCACCUGGUUAAAGCCAAGCACUUGUGUAAGUGUUUGAAGGAUCAGGGCGCUAAUUUGUAAACAUAUUUUUUUCCUUUCUGAGACUAGAAACCUCAUUUGAGCCUGGGAAGGGGAACAGAAACAAAGGGAUGAAUUUUUAACUGUCCCAGCAAAGAACAGGGUGAACAAUAGUUUGGGGUGAGUCAUUUAAACAAAAGG